AUGGCGUUGAUUGAAAGACUUCAAAGAAGAGCUUCCGAUUGGGGACUGCUUCCAAGGCUUUUGCAAUUACUGCCGAGAUUAGCUAUUCUAAGUGGUGUUGUUGGCUUCUUAUGGCUCGCUGCGUAUCUGCCAUUGGAGGGCGAGUUUAGGAGCACAUACAUAUCUGAGAAUGCCCUGAUGCCUUCCCAGGCUUACAGUUACUUUAGAGAAACGGAAUGGAACCUACUGCGUGGCUAUAGAACCCAAAUUAAAGAACUCGUUGACAAGAAGUCAGACGAAAGAAAUGCAGUUUUGGGCUCUUGGCUAGAGGAAAUCGGCGUGAAAACAGCUCUUCAUCAUGACCCUGAAAACAAGGACUCUCUUUAUGGCGUGUGGCAUGCUCCACGUGGCGAUGGAACAGAGGCGAUGGUGCUGGCAGCUCCAUGGUAUAACGGAGAGGGCGAAUUCAACAUCGGUGGGGUGGCCUUGGCCACUGCUUUAACCAGAUAUUUUUCAAGGUGGCCAUUAUGGUCCAAAAAUAUAAUCGUGGUUUUCAGUGAGGACACGAGGGCUAGUCUUUCGUCGUGGUGCCACGCCUACCAUAAUAAUCUGGAUCUUACAGGUGGAUCUAUAGAGUCCGCCAUUGUCUUAGAUUAUCCAGGCACUAAUGACUACUUUAAAUACGUUGAGAUCUUUUACGCAGGACUCAACGGUGAGCUCCCAAACCUGGAUCUCGUCAACGUGGCUGUUCACGUAACAGAGCAUGAGGGCAUGAAAGUCUCACUUAAUGGCGUACCAGAGUCCGAAAUUGGCGAUGACGAUUAUUCUGGAAGAAUGCAAAAAAUGCUGUUGGGCAUCCGUAAAAUGGCCCUUGCCGGCGUUCAAACCUGCUAUGGGAAUGAAGCCUUUAGUGGGUACCGAAUCCAAUCGAUUGUUUUAAAGGCGCGAGGACUGGAAGGUCCUUUUGAUAUCACCACUUUCGGAAGGGUCCCUGAGGCAGUUUUCCGGUCUGUGAACAAUUUACUUGAGAAAUUCCACCAAUCCUUUUUCUUUUACCUGCUCCUGGCACCUCGCUACUUUGUGUCUAUCGCCAGUUAUUUGCCCGCCGCCGUGGCUUAUUCUGUGGCCUUCAUUCUUGCAGGUCUCGAUAAUUAUCUGAAGAGCAACAAGUACAUUCCCGCUAGCAGCAACGCAGCUUUCCGCAUUUUGGUGAAAACAGCUUCAGCUUUUGUUGGGUCUUUUCUAGCAUCGUUCCUCAUCUCGCAGGUCUUUGUUAAAUGGAACGAGCCGCUCCCGCUUGUGUUGGCAUCUUGUGUGGUUUCAUUGGCCCCGUUUUUCCCUUCAAAAGCAUGCAUUUCUCAAUCACAAGCCCAUCAACUCAAAGCUAUUGCGUUCUUGUAUCUCAGUGUGGUCCUGACAUCGCUUUUAGUCGUGAACUUUGCCCUAGCCUUUGGCAUUGGUGUUUUUGCUUUCCCAAUGAUCUUGUUGGUGAGCACAGCAAACCCCAAAACUAGAAUGAAGAACACUGUGCUGUUAGCACUCACCAACCCUUUCAUUUGUAGCUGUCUGUUCGCUAACAUUUUUGAAUCGCAGCUACCAAAUUUUGAGAUUAUUUCAAGACUUAUUUCUGCUUGGAAAGAGCUCGGAUGUUGGACUUGGUUUCUAAUUAGCAUCGGAUGGCUCCCAUCGUGGAUAGUUGUCGCUCUAUCCAGUUUGCCAACCACCUCUGGCUACCUCGCGAGCCAGGAUUCUCAACCUGCCGACGCUGACGCUGACGCUGGCAUCAAGAAGCUGCAAUGA